ACAUCUAAACUCACUUAUUCUUCUUCAUCAAGUUGUACAUUUUUCAUUUUGAAUGUUUUGAAAGUUAUUUAAGUAGAAAAACAAGGUUUUUCUUCAUUGCUCGACUAAUCAUUUGAAUAAACGAUAAAUUAUUACCAGAAGCAGUUUUAAUUUGUUCCAAGCACAAGAGCGUGUGCAAUUUUGCUAUGAAGCAGAUGGCAUAGUAGUGCAGGUUAAACAGUAGACUGGAUAUUGCAUCUUUUUUAAAUGUUUUAUAUUAGCACUCUUUCAGACUGUGUAGGCCUGUGCUUUCCACACCUGAAUAGUCUCCCUGGCAUACAGAUCCCUUACUCUAUUAGUAGUUUGUAUACAGUUUCACUUUCAUUUUGCAGGAGGCCUUAUUCUCAACCCAAUAUGGCCUCACCAUAUUUAUGAGGCUGGUCAAAGAUGUGUUGACAUGGAUUUCUAUGGCUACAUGCUCCAGCUUGGUACCCAAACAGGUCGGUACUGUGAUCCAUAAAACUGCAAUGCAACUGAACAAGUCUACUAGAAUGGGUAAUUUGCUGUUUUUUCCUGUAAAUCCACAUGUGAAUUGUAGUGUGGUUUGUUUUCUGAAGAAUCCGUAGCAAACUACAUAGAGUAUAGGCCUACAGUGAAAAUCACUUUUAUUGAUUUAAUAUUGCCUUAAAACAGAAACCAAGUCAAUUUCUCAGUUUAAAAAAAACAUCAAAUCAGUCAUGAACAUACAUUUGGUAUCGCUGGCAUGCAUGAACUUUGAACAUUGAUGCGUUAUGAGUGACCACGUGUACUACAAGUGCAAAUGUAAAUGUUGUCACUGAUAGGCGUAUUGCUGUCAUGUGACUACUCCCACAACCCGGAAAGGGAAUUCUAUGACAGCGGAUCAGUUGACGUCGAAUAGGAUUUAUAUUGAAACAACAUUUGGGAAAGUGUGAAAUGAUUUUCUACCGACGUUUGGUCGAGUCAUUUAACUUUGGAGUCACAUGCCGACCAAUUGCAACUAUUUUCUAGCAUCCGGUGCUGUCGUCAUGCAUCAUAACAGUUGCAUCUCGGUUUUUCUCGUGGGCUUACUGUGUUCCUAUGGAUUUCUGAGCUGUGUGUCUUCCUGUAGUAAGGAACCUGAACCAGAAACACCUGACUGGCGAAUGACAUUAAAAACCAUUCGCAAUGGGAUCCAUAACAUUGACAAAUACCUCAACGUUGCUCUGGACUUAUUUGGAGGUCAUGAUGGAUUGUGUCACUAUGAAUGCAGCGAUGGUUACAAACCAGAACCCCGGCCUGGUUACAAACCACCCCCACCCAAUGGAUGUGGGACGCCCCUCUUCGGAGUCCAGUUUGACAUCGGCAUCCCGUCCUUGACCAAGUGCUGUAACCAGCACGACCGUUGCUAUGACACCUGUAACCGUGAUAAACACGACUGUGACGAUGAGUUCCAGGAAUGCCUGGAGACCAUCUGUAGGAGAUUACAGAAGAUGUUGGGACUGGCCCAGAGUGUCCAAGCGUGUGAGAAUACUGUGACCCUGCUGUUUGAGGCUGUCAUGCACAUGGGGUGUAAACCCUACAUGGACAGCCAGAGAGACUCCUGCAUAUGCAAAUUUGAAGUCAAGAGGGAUCUAUGAGCUGAUAAUUUUGUAGAAUUGUUCUCCUAUGCAAAGGUUGUUUAGUGGUUGUUGUGUAUGUAAUUUGUUUGUUCUGCUACACAUUAUAUGGAGUAUCAAUUAAGAGAGCGAAUAUGAAUGUUUAUAAAAGGUAAGAAGAAAUUGAAAGACAAAUGUAUGACUACAAGCACAUAAUCAUACAGUGAUAAGGGUAAUGGCUACAUUAUAUUGCCCAGUAAUUGUAUUGUUUUGGUUACUUUAUAAUUAUUUAUAUUGAAUGUGUAAAUAGGCAUGUUUACCUGUUGAUGGAGCCACUAUGGAGUGUUGACCCUGUGGCCUCCCGAGUGGUGCAGUGGUCUAAGGCACUGCAUUGCAUUGCUAGCUGUGCCACUAGAGAUCCUGGUUCGA